AUGGCCGCGUAUAUUGGCGUUUACAGUAUAGUUCUGUUUUGUUAUGGAUCAAUUGUUUACGUCAAAUCUUUCCAGUCUGUGCCUGAAACGCGAGGAGGUUUGAUCAAGGCAGGGCUCGAUUUGCUACCAUUGCUGGUGGAAAAGGUAUCGCGAGUGUUGAUAAGUUGUUUUCACGUCAUUUUUCAACUGCUCCAUCUAUCGUCUGGCACGAGCACGGCCAACGAGCUGUUGGUCGCCUAUGCCAUUGUGAGCUUCCGGAAAAUCAUUGCUUUGGUGUGCUGGGCAUAUAUAACUCAGCAAGAUGACAACAGUGUUCACAUGAAGGCCUUUCUGGUGUUCUGUGUGAUGAAUAUAACACAGAACAGAUUUAUACUGAAAAACGACACGGUCCAAGGAGAGCGUGUGGACUGGAAAGAGGGACUGGCAAGUUUUGUGGCCACACCGUCGAGCAACAGCAAACGUGAAGGGGAGAAACUACAUUUCCGCAGAAACACGCUAUUUGCUGCCAACGCGCUUUUCUCUGCUGUCCUAUUCGUCUCCAUGUUCAAGUACUACUCGCAGUUCCAGGACAACUACUAUAAAGUGAUGAGCAUCCUUAUCAGGUUGAUUCUGGUGGUGGACAUGGAGUUUCUGCGCACUCUGUGUGACGAAUUUGUCGGGCUCGAUGUCGUUAUGGGCGGUGAAAAGAGUAACGUUUAG